AUGACGGAUCCGAUAUUGCCCAAAGCCGGCGAGCGGAAUAUCCUCGUGACGAGCGCUUUGCCAUACGUGAACAAUGUUCCCCAUCUGGGUAACGUCGUGGGCUCUGUGCUGAGUGCCGAUGUAUUUGCUAGAUACCACAAGGCCUGUGGCCACCGCACAUUGUACAUCUGCGGUACAGAUGAAUACGGAACCGCAACCGAGACCAAGGCGCUGGAGGAAAAGGUGUCGCCGGAGGAGCUGUGCGCCAAAUACAACAAGAUCCACCAAGAUGUGUACAAAUGGUUCAACAUCGGCUUCGACCACUUCGGUCGCACGCCCACGGAGAAGCACACCGAGAUCGCGCAGUCAAUCUUCAUGCGCCUGCACGAGAACGGCUUCCUCGCUGAACGCACCGCCGAACAGCCCUUCUGCGAGCAGCACAACUCGUUCCUUGCUGAUCGUUUCGUGGAGGGUGAAUGCCCCCGCUGCCACUACGACGAUGCCCGCGGAGACCAGUGCGACAAGUGUGGCCAUCUCCUCGACCCCUUUGAUCUCAUCAACCCCCGCUGCAAGAUCGACGGUGCUGCCCCCGUCCGCCGCGAGACGAAACACAUCCACCUCCUGCUCGACAAGCUCCAACCGGAUAUCGAAAAAUGGGCCCACCCUGCUAUUGAAAAGGGUAACUGGCCCAGGAAUUCGCGCGUUAUUACCGAGUCCUGGUUGAAGGAGGGCUUGAAGGGCCGUGGUAUCACCAGAGACUUGAAGUGGGGUGUUCCCGUCCCGCUGGAGGGAUAUGAGAACAAGGUUCUAUACGUGUGGUUUGAGGCUUGCAUCGGCUACCUUUCGAUCACAGCCAACUACACAGAUGAGUGGGAGCAGUGGUGGCGCAACCCGGAGGAGGUUCAGUUGUGGCAGUUCCUGGGCAAGGACAACGUUCCUUUCCACAGCGUGAUCUUCCCCGGUACACAGAUCGGCACGAAGGAUAAGUGGACAAUGCUGCAUCACCUUAGCACAACCGAGUACCUCAACUACGAAGGCGGCAAGUUCAGCAAGUCGCGCGGCAUUGGUGUGUUCGGCACAAACGCCCGUGAAACCGGUGUCCCGGCCGACGUGUGGCGUUACUACCUGCUGAAGAACCGCCCAGAGACUGGCGACACUCAGUUUGAGUGGGGACCUUUCGUGGACAGCAACAACGGCGAGCUUCUUGCCAAGUUAGGCAACCUGGUCAACCGCGUCAUCAAGCUUGUCACCGCCUCUUACGGCUCCGUCAUUCCAGAAUUCACCGUGCCAGAGUCCUUCGACCCAUUCCUCAAGGAAGUCACCGAACACCUGCUCCAGUACCAUGAAGAACUGGAAGGUGCGCACCUGCGUGCCGGUGUGCAGACAGCCAUGCGCAUCGCCGAGGCGGGUAACGGACUGAUCCAAGCGAACCGACUAGACAACGCGCUGAUUGCGAACGAGCCCGAGCGUGCCGCCGCCGUCGUCGGCACAGUGCUCAACCUGAUUCUUCUGCUGUCCAGCGUGUUCUCGCCAUACAUGCCAGCAACCUCGAAGUCGAUUCUGGAGCAGCUGAAUACACCCUUCGAGUACAUCCCCAGUGUGGAAGAGCUCAAGUCCACCGGCUGGAAGCCUACUUCGCUGAAGGCGGGCCACAAGAUCGGCAAGGCGGCUUACCUGUUCACCCGUAUUGAUCCCAAGAAGGCGGAUGAGUGGCGUGAGAUGUUCGGUGGGUCACAGAGCGACCGGAAGAAGAAGGAGGACGAGGCUGCCAAGCAGGCCGCAAAGAAGGCUGCUGCUAAGGCUAAGAAGAAGGAGAAGAAGGAGAAGGGUCGCGCUGGUGCUCCCGAAGGUGUAGAGGCGUCUGCUAAGGGUGGUGCGCAGAAGGCCUCCGUUACGACCGAGGGCGAAAAUGAUGAGGCGGUUGAGAAGAUUGCUGAUGGGGUGGCUCAGGUUACUCUGCCUACCUCGUAG